AUGCCACGGGCGCCAUCAGAAGUGAAAGCGAGUAAGAAAAGCGCAUUCUCAUGCGAAGCCUGCAGAAGACGCAAGCUCAAAUGCGCCGGUGAGCGUCCGCGCUGCAGUCGGUGCGUCGCACGCGAUGACGAAUGUGUGUACGCACUGGCUCCUACCUUAUCCUACACAACGAAGCUGGAAAGGCGUGUUCAAGAACUAGAGAAGGCUCUAGAGGAAUCUAAACCGCACCUCAGUCAAAGCACUCCCACUACUUCGCAGAAUGGCCCAAGUCUCCCAGCAGGCAGCACCGGACUGGCUGCCAAUGGGCCCAUCGUUUCACAAAGCGACACCAGCUUUUUCAAAGCCUUUGCUGCUGAUACUGCCACGCCGGAUCCAGCUAAGAGUCCAUCGUCGGAGGUGGACAGUCGAAAGGAGCGCCUUGUUCGUAAUGCAUGGCAGCAACGAUCACUGGAACUCUUUGCUGAGACGCCCGAGCCUUUCCAGUAUAUCCUCACAAACCACUGGACAUGGAUUCAGCCCCUGUUCAACUUCAUCUACCGUCCAGCCUUCACUCGCGACAUGCAAGUCAUGGGCCCCUACUACUCGCAUGCACUCAUGAAUGCAGUUCUUGCACAUUCGGUGCGCUGGUGUAGCCAAGACUCGAAGAUCGAAUCGCUUCUAGGACCAUAUGAUAACGGCAAAAUAUUCUCCCGGCACGCACGAACCUUGCUCUUUGAAGACUUACAACAUGGGCCGGGGAGGAUUCCAACGGUGCAAACGGCACUGCUCCUGAGUGCCCAAGAAUGCGCCGCGGGUAAUCGGACUCAGGCAUGGCUUUACAGUGGCCUGGCAUUUCGAUUAAUAGAGGAUAUUGGAAUCAAUGUCGAUAGUGAAAGAUACGCGUCAGCCACGAACCUCACAGAAGAGGAUACCGAAGUACGAAUUCGACUUUUCUGGUCCUGUUAUUUCUGGGAUGGUUUAAUCAGUCUCUACCUAGGACGAUCACCAACCAUUCAGCAGACAAUCCUAUCUCCACCACAUAUCCUUCUAGACGACUCUGCCGAACACGAAAUUUGGAUCCCUCACGGAGUGAAACUCCCUCCUGGCGUGACAUAUCCGGUCACAACAAAGUCUCAUGCGACAUCCUGUUUCAUGCAAAUGUGCAAGCUGUCCAUCAUCCUUCACCAGAUCUUGCAUUACAUGUACGACCCGAAACACAACUACACGCGGUCGGAGCGCGAAGCCUGCGUCUACAAGCAGGGGUCCGAGUUGCGACAGUGGUGGGAGGAUCUGCCCGACCACCUCAAGCUCGACCCCGCGGCUGUCCCGGCUCUGUCACCACCAAGUCACAUUGUGACCAUGAACUGUCUGUUCCAUACCUUCCGCAUUCUGCUCUACCGUGCGGUCCUAUUCGAGCCACAACUCCUGGCUGAAUCAGCAAUCCCACAAACGAAUCAUCUCAAAGAGUGCAUCAUAUCCGCAACGUCAAUAACAAUCUUGUUUGACCUUUUCCGCCGCACAUUUGGCGAGACUCGAGUCGUCCUCUCGCUCGCCUACAGCCUAUACACCGCCGCCUCUAUCUUCUUGGUGCAACUCCAAGCCAAUCCCAGUGAUCAGCAAGUGUGGCAGAGGCUCAAAUUCUGCACGCAGGCUCUUGACCGCGUGAGGGUCUCGGCUCCUGUACUCAACACCCCGCUGGAAUCGUUGGCCGGCCAGAUCGCACGAUUAGGUGGAGAAGAAAAUACUUCUCAUGUUUCUAAGCCCGAUGUCCAAGGCGGUAGGAGCGAUGUCGUUGGGUUAGAUUCGAGUAGGCACGUGCCGGACGAGGAAGCGGUGGACGAGGCACUCUGGCGUGAACUCGUUGAUCUGGGCUUUCCGGAGAUUGAGGUCGAUCCGAACAUCUUCGACAUGUUGCCCAAUAUGGAGCCCAUGAGUGCUAACCUGCGCCAACUGGACGACCUGCAAUGA